AUGGAAAUUUUACGGACAUGGGCUCCUGCUGCUGUCCUCUGUAACACAAAAACAUAUGAAGGAAUGAAGUACCUUAUUACAUCUGCAUUUCGAGACGAUAUCAAGUUUUAUCACCUCACAUUUGGACUUUCAUCGGCGAAACGUAUACAUGCGGUUGCUGAAAUAUUGGCGAAAAUAAGAAAUUUGAAGAUCAAUAAUCUGGUUAUUUAUGUUGACCAGGAAGAUCUAAGAGAGGUAAUUACACUCGGAGAAAUGAUGCAGAUGACAGGAUCAAAGUAUAAAUGGAUUUUAACUUGGGAAAACAAACCAAGCAAUAUUUCUCUUCCAGUGAAUACUCUCAUUUUACAGCCUAAAAAUUCAACUGAACUUCAAAACAUUUUGUCAGAUGCAGCUGAUUUGAUCAAGCAGGCUUUUGGAAGUUAUACGAACAAGUACACAAAAGAUAGAGUUCCUUACGCGAGCUGUUUCGACAUAGUGGACCCAUCAUUUGGAGAAGAAUUCCACAGGUUUAAAAACCCGAUAUUAUAUCAUUAUAUAUCUAUAUAUGUAUCACAUAAUUCAAAAAUGUUAUUUCAGUCAGUCAAAUUUUUUUACUUACCUUUUUAGGCAUAUCAUACAGCAAUCAUUUGUUGGGAAGACAGGCUACUUUGCCUUUGAAGAACAAGGAAACAGAGUCAAUGCUGAAUAUGAGGUUAUAAGUUUUGGAUGUUUUUCCAUUUGCUAGAAAUCACAUAGCAUUACCAUUAACUCUCAAAUCUUAGUUUAAAUGCUUUACCACAAAGAUUACGUUCACUGGAAUCGUACGUCAUAGAACAAGCGCUAUGGUUCAUUUGCGAGUUGAGUUCAUUCAAUGCUGUUGCCUCACCUUGUUAUUAUUAUUGAUGCACUUUUAUUUCGAUCAGGUUGUUGAUCUAAAGAAUAAAUCUGUGAGAGAGACACCCCCAUCCCAUUCUCGUAUACCCAAGAAAAUCCGUGCUGUAACAGCUUUAUCGGCACCAUUUGUGUAUCUAAACCAGAUGGUGAACAUAAAACACAGCUGUGGGACUGGCUUGAUCUGUCAUGUUUACGCUCGAGAAGGCAAUCACACGACACAAUUCUGUUGUAAAGGCUAUAUAAUAGACAUUGUACAUCUACUACAAACGGACUUAGGUGUAGAUAUUGAGGUUCAUAUUACCAAAGAUGGUAAACACGGUUCGCUGGAUGAAAAGACAAACCAAUGGAAUGGAAUGAUUGGGGAAAUAAUACGAUGUGAAGCCGACAUUGCGAUCGCCGACUUAACGAUCACCGACGAUCGUUCCCGAGUCGUAGACUUUACACAUCCGUUUAUGGAGAUCGGUGUCGGAGUCCUGGUGCGAGUUGAUCGUCAGGGUAUAGCGCAGGGUAUUUGGGCGUUCUUACAACCAGUUGCUGCACAGCUGUGGAUAGCAACAUUCCUCGCCAUUUCACUCAUGGGAAUUUUAUUCUGGGCCAUGGAAAGAAUAGCGUUUUGGAUCAUGGAUAAAUUUGCCACGCACAAAGACGGCGAAAAACAUGAAAUACGAAGACAAACAUUGGUCCAGUUUACUUUUGCAGCCAGUUUGCAUUAUUCUUGGAGUACAGUGGUUCGUACACGGGAUAAGGUAAUACGACCUUCCAAUAAUGCUGCAAAGAUUGGUGCUAUCAGUCUGGCGUUAUGUUUUCUCGUGUUCAUUACAACUUACACAGCGCAGCUAGCCGCUUUCCUCGUUGCGGAAUUACACGUAACUCCAAUAACUCGUGGAAUACAAGACGGCAAGGUAUACUGUUACGGUUAUUCUUGAAGUUUACUUUAUGGAGGCUUAACCCUUCCACUUCUGUUUCUGAUGGUCUAUAGCCCCCUUAGCACCCUGUUCCGCCACCUCCAGGUCUAACUACCUGAAAAAUAUAGAAAAAAGUUGACGUUUCGAGCGCUGGAGGUUUGUGGCUGUUUCUUGGCACGUUCGCGAACUAUAUAGAUAAGUUUUAACUUCAGACGCACGUGGGAGCACACAUAUAAUACUGGGGUGGAAUUUCCUUGCAUAGACACUUUAAUACGCCAGAAUAUAAUGCACCAAAAACAAGAACAUAAUGCAGAGAAACGCAACCCACCAAUACUCUCGUGUUAACCAUCGUAAUAGCAAAGUUACAUCGCUCUUAAUAAGUUUAAUAUAGAUUACUUUACAACAGUUGCAGCAUCCUGGCGAUGAUUUGAAAAUAGCGACAAUAAGUGGAAGCAGUAUUGAAAGAUUCUUCCGUACAAGUCCUGAUCCAAAAUUUACCAACAUUUGGAAACACAUGAUGGGGAACAAUGUACCGACCAGUGAGAUUGGUGUAGAACGACUCAAGGGAAAGUAAGUAAAGCAACGUUUUGCGCUCAAUAUGUUUAAAAUUAGGGAUGGGGUUAUCAUUAGGGGUCAAGGUCGACGAGAAAUAUAUUCGCGGAACACGAAGUUGUUACCAAAAAAAGGUCUGUAAUAUCCCACAGCGCACGUGCAUAACUAAUAAACGCCUAUUUCAACAGCCAUGAAAUCAUCAUUUGAUGACUAUAAACGCCCCUCAGCAUUAUGUAAUAGCUAUGAAAGUUGAAGAGACUUUUUUCACUUUAUAUUUCCAAAUUGAGGUAAUAAUCGUAUGAACAAUCAAAGGUGAUAUUGUUUAUCUUAAAUCGAAACUUCACUAUAAUUGCAGGUUGUCUAGUUGGUAUUCAUUCGCCUUUGGACAAGUAGCGUAAAACUGCCGUUAUGACAAUAAACGUCUGUCUUUACAGUAAGAAUACAAAAAGAGUCCCACUUCCGCUUCUGUAGUUUGUUGUGAAUUGCUGUAAUUUGUUCUGUUUUUCUGUAACGAUUACCAAUUUAUUGGCAAAUACCGCGAUAAAACUCAGUUUUCUCUAUUUUUAAAGAUGAUAAUUUGUAGUAAAGGGAAAUAAUACAUUUUCCGUUAGUUUUAUUGCAUAAAAGGUACGAAAUUUAAAUUUUAUCGCGGUAUUUGCCGAUAAAUUGGUAAUCGCUACAGAAGAACAGAACAAAUUACAGUAAAUCACAACAAACUACAGAAGCGGGACACUUUUUGUAUUGUCACUGUAAAGUCGCCUUUUAUUUCUUAAACACCCUCCUUAAAGUAUGAAAAUUUAAUUAAAUUUUUAUAGUUGAUUUCCGGUAAACCUCCUGAUCAGAGUCAUGUAAACAACAUUGAAUGUCAAGGUUGCAAGAUACCGCGUAUGAACCAAAGGCCGAAGUAGGAAAUACGAAUAUAAUAGUCCAGAAUCUUUGACUCAUUUCAACAAUAACUUAAUUGCGUUCAGUGUUUUGUACAUCUUGUUAAAUUUAGAGAAGGUCUAGCGAGCGCAGUUCGCAGCAGCAAAAGCAAAGUUAUUUGUUGUAAAACUCCUUUAUGGUAUAUAUGAUUGGUAACUGAUCACAAUAGCACGCACAUGCGUCAUUAAUAAUAUUUUGUUUUCUAGUCAAAUAGACGUCCUUAUUGGAGACUACAACACAAUGGUUUACAUUGCAGCGAAGGACCCGAACUGUUCAUUACGUGUGAUUGGUGAACCUUUCUUUCGAUCAGGAUAUGGCAUUGCCUUGCAGAAAAACUCAACUUGGACAUCAAUAUUUAGCCAGAAACUUCUUCAAUAUGAGAAAUUUGACACGUUCUUAGAAUUGGCUCAUAGAUGGAUGAAAACAUCAUGUGGAAAUGAAGAGAAUGGGAAUUCUGUGAAUUUUAAUACAUUUCAUAGAAUGACGGCGUACGAUGUAUCAGGCAUGUUUGUCGUACUUGGUGUUGCAGUAGGCUUGUGUUGGAUAAUGCUGGCCGCGGAGUUUUAUUAUAAAAGAUUAAAAAGACGUCAUCGGGAUGAUCAAUAACUGUCCACUGAAUUAUUCAUGUUUGUUAUAUACAUAUUGCAUGCAUGUAUCAUCUAGUAAAUACACACUCAAGAAACAAACUUAUACUGUAUAAUUAAGAAAUAGAAAAUGAGUCGCGUGGGUUUAUGGUGUGAUAAUGCAUACGAGGAGAAUGUUGAGAUGUGGCUGUGCUCCAUAUGGCUGUGCUCCAAUAAGUUAUCUUUAAAUGUAAAUAUUAAAAUCAAAUUUUGUUAUUUUCCAUUCAUCUCAAAAGAAACAGACUUCUACAGCAACAUUAACUAUAAAUAAUGAAAUACUAAAAGAAAAAAAUGCGUGAAAUAUUUAGGAAUUUAUAUUGAUUCAAAUCUUAAUUGGAGAAAUCAAGUUAAUUAUAUAAAAAAGAAAGUAAAUCGUAGCAUUGGUAUCUUAUCUAAAAUACGUUAUUAUGCUAAUAUUAAUACUCUUAUUAAUCUUUAUUAUUCUCUUGUACAUCCAUUUUGAAUAUAUGGUUUGUAUGGGGUAGUACUUGUAAUUCUACCCUUAAUCCUCUCUAUUUAUUGCAAAAAAGAGCGCUCAGAAUUAUGACAUUUUCCAAAUUCGAUGAACACUCUAGCCCUCUUUUUAAACAAACUUUUUAAAUAAAAUUUCAUGAUCUUGUUGUUUUUUUAUGGCAAUAUUUAUGCAUAAAUAUCAUAGUAAUUUACUUCCGAUCACAUUUGAAAAAUUUUUGUUCGUGUUAACGAAGUUGACAACUAUAAUACCAGACUUUCAAGUAAGAUUUCUUACUCAAUUCCAGGGGUAAGGACUAAUUAUGGAAAAUUUAACAUUCGAUUUCAAGGUGUAAAGGUGUGGAACGAUAUAGAUGAAAACUUAAAAUACCUUUCUCCCUCAGCCUUCAAAAAAAAAUUGAAAAUUGACUUCAUCGACGUAUAUUAGUUUUUUAUACUCAGAAUGACACAUUGUUUGCCUCUCUUCCUAAUAUUUCUUUUAAACAUUGAGUGGAUUUUUUGUUGGUUUUUUCGAGUUUUUUUCUUCUUAAGUAAUUUAUAAAUUCGUGAACCCAGCCUGACUUGUUUCUGCUGCCUGAUCGUAUUAGCCAUUAUGGUUAUUACAGGUAGCAGGUACUCUUCUUAAAUAUUUUUUCUCAUACAAUUCAAAAAAUUGGGUACAAAUAAAUCUUUGUUGUUGUGAGACGAGACAAGCAUGUAAAACACGAGGCGUAGCCGAGGUGUCUAAUUAUCAGUACAGUGUUCACUACAUGUAUGUUACUGUAGAAUUCUCAAUAUAAUUGUUAAAGAAUCACAGUCAACCAAGAUGCAUUGCGUGCUAUAUGAAUGUUUACAAAUACGGGGAGCAAAAAAUAGUGAAAAAAAAACUUUAAUACAUUUACCCCCUGGUGUUUUGAUGAAAUCCUAAUUCCUGCCCCAUCGCCUACUACGACUACGUUCACGCAGUUCGUCCUUGCUUUGAUGGAGCAGGAUUUCGGCGAACUCGCAAUGCGAAAGUCCCCGUAUUCCAUGGCUUUCUUUCCUUUCCGUCCAAAGGACGGUUGUUCAAGUAUCGUUGGACUUGUCAACGAUAUUCUUUUUGAUAUACCCUCACUUGUUGGUCUUCCACGAACGGGAAAUACAGAAGCCAUGAUUAGCCACUACUUUAUAAAAUGAUAAAACUUUCUAAAAUCAUUAAGAUAAACACACACGCCAAAAUAUCAAUCAAUGAUCUAUUAACAUGUUACAAGUAUAGAAAAUAUGACAGUGUCUAAGAAUAAUGCAGAUUGAUAAGGAUACGCUUCGGAUGUCAAUCUUUUGUCACUAAAGUGGCUAACAAAAUGGCGGAAUACAAAACAAUGAAAACAUUUUAGCGCGCAAUGCAUCUUGGUUGACUGUGAUUCUUUAAAUUGUAUAGUUGGUAAUACAUGUUUAGUUUUUCAUUGCAUGAUUAUUCAUUAAAUAUCAGCUAAAGUUAGAUAUCCAUGUUUAUUUAACGAACACGCCAUAACGUUUUUGCCGUUUUAGCCUAAUGACCUUCUGUAUUCCAGGAAAGGGUUCAACCUCACCCAGGUCGAACCGGUACAUUUUCAAAAAACA